AAGUGUGAAAUGGGUCGAUUGUGUUGCAAAGUGCUUAUAAUAAUAUUAUAACAUAAAAAAGUGAUUUUUGUGAAAAAUCAAAUAAAAAAUAAUAAAUAAUGAAAAUGCCGUUAUACAAUCCUGGCAUUGAGUGAAAUUUUAUUUUGUAAACACAUACUCUUUUUUGGUUUAGUUAAAAAAAAAUUAUAUUUAAUAUAAAUAUUUAGUGUGGACGUGUUUAUUCCAUUAAAAGAUACUCCAAUGCUGAAACAAUUGCAAAUGGGCCUCCGUGCAUUCUUAUUACUAGCGUCGAGAGUAUGGACAUGUCUGUGUUUUAUGUUCAAGAAACAGGUUAGAUCCAUCGUUCAACAUCAACCUGUUAAAUAUGAAAUGUUCCCAUUAUCGCCCGUAUCAAGACAUCGACUUAGUAUAGUUAAGAGAAAAGUCCUAGUCCUAGAUUUAGAUGAGACAUUAAUCCAUUCACAUCAUGAUGGUGUUGUGAGACAAACAGUAAAACCUGGCACACCACCAGACUUUGUAUUAAAAGUUACCAUUGAUCGACAUCCAGUACGAUUCUUUGUACAUAAACGGCCGCAUGUUGAUUUCUUCUUAGAUAUAGUUUCACAAUGGUAUGAAUUAGUUGUGUUCACAGCCAGCAUGGAGAUUUAUGGUGCUGCUGUUGCGGAUAAAUUAGAUGGGGGACGUGGUAUAUUAUCGAGACGAUAUUAUCGUCAACAUUGUACACCUGAUAUGGGUUCAUACACGAAAGAUCUAUCAGCGAUAUGUAAUGAUCUAACAUCCGUUUUUAUAUUAGAUAAUUCACCUGGUGCUUAUCGAUCUUAUCCAGAUAAUGCAAUACCAAUAAAAUCAUGGUUUAGUGAUCCAUUAGACACAGCAUUAUUAAAUUUAUUACCUGUAUUGGAUGCGUUACGUUUUACACAAGAUGUGCGAUCAGUUCUAAGUCGAAAUUUACAUCUUCAUCGAUUAUGGUAGCAUCAACAAUCAAUACAUAACUAAUUAAUAUUAAUUAUAAAAUCAAUCACUACACGUCAUACAAACUAAAACAGUCACAGUCACAUAAGAGUCAAGUACUGAAGCACUGAAAUACUGAAGUACUGAAGUACAUAAACAUUAAAAACAUAAACAUACAUCGUAAAUAUAUAUAUAUAUCGUAUUCUUCGUUCUCAUUUGUAAUUAUAUUUCUUAAUUACUUUCUUAAACAACAACCCUACUU